CCAUUCAUCACUAUUCGCAUCUAAACAAUUACAUCCCGGACCUGUCCCGUGCGUAAAGAACGUGCGCAACGGGAGAAACCGAUGAUGGGUCAGAAAAAGUGACGAGGGGGAAAACACUGGGCGGAUUACAAGGAUUGGAUGGCACGAGUGAUGCAAUCCCUGCAUCCUCCGAAGCCCCAAACGGAUCACUGAGAAUCUGACCGGAGAUUUUGCCUCUCCCGAGUUUCAUUUAUGACAAUUACUACCUUCACCGAGCGAGCAGCACACUUUUAACAAGUGCCUCUUCGUUAGGAUUGUUUUUCUCCACGCCCGUGGAUUAGGACCUAAACAUCAUCAACAUAAAUGGAAGGAGCUUGAUAUCGUAAUGCCAAUUGUUGAACUAGCUUCUCAGUGAUUGCAGCCUUGCCUGUUGUGAAGCACGACCUUUGCUUUGAGGUGCACCCUGGAGAAUUGCGUAUCGACUCAUUUUCACGUCUCGUUUUAAACUGAAACACUCGGUUGCAUCCUAGAUAUCAGAUAGUUAAUCGGUUUUCUAUUCGUCUUGGAUUUUUUUUGCCGUGCAGAACCUACAGGGGGAUAAUUUACCGUCGCAUCCCUUUUCAUCUUCACUAUGAAUUACCUGCGACGUCGACUCUCGGACAGUAAUUUUAUGUCCAACUUGCCCAAUGGCUAUAUGGGCGAUUUACAGCGGCCCGAUCCGCCGCAGCAGAGCCCAGCCCCGGUGCUCUCGCCCGGCUCUCAAGAGAGGCGUCAACCCCCCAGCCAGGCUACAGGCGCCGGCUUCUUUUCCUCCCUUUCCAACGCCGUCAAACAGACCACCGCCGCCGCCGCUGCCACCUUUAACGAGGCCACCGAGAGAGGAAUCGGCUCGAGCAACGCUAAGAUCCUCCUGGUCAUUGAUGACCAGCAGACAGACUGGGCAAAGGUAUUCAGAGGCAAGAAGGUGCAUGGAGAAUUUGACAUCAAAGUAGAACAGGCUGAAUUCUCUGAGGUUAAUCUGGUGGCUCACGCAACGGGAAGCUAUAGCGUGGACAUUGAGGCCAUCCGCAAUGGCAACAAAAUCACAAAGUGUUUCAAGCCAGAUUUUGUGCUGGUGCGACAGCAUGCUUUCAGCAUGGCCAAGAAUGGUGACCACAGGAACAUUGUGAUUGGACUUCAGUAUGCUGGUCUGCCCAGUGUCAAUUCCCUUCACUCUGUCUACAACUUCUGUGACAAACCAUGGGUGUUCGCUCAGUUGUCCAGAUUGUACAAGCAGUUGGGUCCAGAGGAGUUCCCACUGAUCGACCAGGUUUAUUACCCCAACCACAAGGAGAUGAUCACUACACCUGGCUUUCCUGUGGUAGUGAAGAUGGGUCAUGCUCACUCUGGUAUGGGAAAGGUCAAAGUGGACAAUCAAUAUGAUUUCCAAGACAUUGCUAGUGUUGUAGCUUUGACAAAGACAUAUGCCACAUCUGAACCUUUUAUCGAUGCCAAGUACGAUGUCCGAAUCCAGAAAAUCGGUGACAAUUACAAGGCCUACAUGAGGACAUCUAUAUCUGGCAACUGGAAGACCAACACAGGAUCAGCCAUGUUAGAGCAAGUGGCCAUGUCUGACAGGUACCGUAUGUGGGUGGACGUAUGCUCUGAGGUUUUCGGGGGUCUUGAUAUAUGUGCUGUAGAAGCAUUGCAUGGUAAAGAUGGUCGAGAUUACAUCAUAGAGGUGGUGGGCUGCUCAAUGCCUCUCAUAGGAGACCAGCAGGAUGAGGACCGGGCUCUGAUGGCUGAUCUUGUUUUGGCUAAAAUGAACCAGACCAUGCCACGCACUUCAUCUCCCACUCCAGUCCGUUCUCAGGCCCCAGCUGUUUCACCUCAACCCAUCUCUCAGCCUAAAGUCCCACAGGCACAACAGCGCCCUCCUCCACAGGGAGGUCCACAACAAGCAGCUGCUAGCACUACUCCUGCCCGUCAAGGAGCUCCGCCGCAGCAGCGGCCCUCUCCCCAGGGCCAGCCCCCUGCCCAAACCCAGUCUGUGACCAGCCCUAAUGCUCAGAACCCCCCUGCUCAACAAACCCGGCCCAAUCAGCCCCCACAGCGACAAGCAAGUCAAGGGUCUGCAGGUCAGCAGAGGCCUGCGCAGGGUCCAGCCCAACGUGGCCCGGGUGGCUCUCCUCAGUCACAGAGGACCAAGGAAGGUGGUCCCCAACAGCAGCCGCAGAGGCCUCAAACUGGUAGCCAGGGUCCCAAGCCAGCUGGUCAGACCCAACAGAGGCCACAGCAGCCAAGACAAGGCCAGCCAACCAGGCAGCCCACCCAGGGUGGCCCACAGCCAACCCAGGACGCCCCACAACCAGCCCCGCAACAGCAGGGCGGUCCUCGCCCUCCUACCACUCAGCAACCACGGCCUACUGCACAGGGCCAGGGAGGCCCAGGAGGUGCACGACCUCCCUUGCAGCAGAAACCCCAACCUCCACAGAAACCGAGUCCUGAUCACCCGGCCCUGAGUGGAUCGCCGCAGCUUAACAAAUCCCAGUCUCUUACCAAUACAUUCAACAUUCCAGAAACGCCGGCCGCCCAGCACCAAAGUCCUAGUCAGGACGAAGCCAAGGCUGAGACCAUCCGCAACCUUCGGAAAUCCUUUGCAAGCCUCUUCUCCGUGGAAUAAACACACACACACAGACACACAAACACAUACACAGACAGAGAGGUUACAAAGUCUUUCUGAAAAACACACAAACACAGACACUCUCGUCAAAUAUAAACAGAAAGGACCAAUUAUAUCGCACUUUGCAGUGCACAUCAGAUCUGUGCACGUCAAUUUGCAAUGCGACAUUGAUAAAACACUGCCUGCACUGCUAAAGAUUGCAAUAUGAAGUGAGAUAACACAGCAUUAUUGCAGUUAAAUCUUAUAACACAACUGAAUUCUUAAGACACAUUCCCAGUUUUUUUGAGUCCAACUGAUGGAGGGAGGUGUGAAAACAACACACACAGAAACACUCGCACACACCCUUUUACACUACCUACACAGUGACUGGACCUACAUGUGCUAAUACUUGCCUAUUCAUUCCAGUCUCCUAUGAUUAACUUAUCACUGAUAAUCAAUCGAUUCUUUUUGAAAAUGAAAAUUUUGGUGGACAUUUUGUUGCAAAAUCAUCUACUACCACUCUAUCUCAGAUAUAUGAUAUCUGAAACAUGUCUGCUAAUUGUCUGAAGCAUGUUCGGUUACAAUAAGGGGCACCAUUUAAUGAUUUUAACCUGUGCGCCACAUUGUAAUGUAACCGAAUGGUUAGUCGUUAUGUAAUUUACACGCUUGAGCAAGAUUUGGAUUUUGCAAUGAUGCCCAUUGUGAUGUUGUUAAAAUUUUGCACAGGCUUCCAUCGUCGAAACUAACCCCCGCAGCUGUUAGCGCUUCUUUGAAACUGCAUGUCACUUAAGGAGAACGUAGUCGCACAAUGUGGGUGGUCUUGCUUUGUGUUGUGUCGUUGCACCUAGAUAAGGUAGUUGUAGUGAAAACGUUGUUUCAUUUUCGUGAGCAAGCUGUCGCUGCUUCCCCUACGUCCCUCUUCCUGACAAAAAAAAAACAAAACAAAACACACACACACGCACACACACACACGCACAAUGGCACACCCUUCAAUAUGUUUAAUAUGCCUUAGCCAGAUAGGAAUAAGUAAAGAGACUGGUUUUGUGCAAUCACAUGUCUCAGGGAUGUCCUGAAGAGAAAGACGCAAUGACCUAGCGUCAUUGAUCAGGUCUUCCAGCCCAUUACUGUAGAGAGUUACUGAUUGCGAAGGCCAGUAAAGGGAGGAAUCUGUCGAAUGUAUUUGUUUGCUACAUAAACAUGUUUGCACACUAAUACUGUAACACUUGAGAACAUAUGAGGUGAGUGAAAGCUCAGGAAGGUUUGUUGCAUUAAGAGAAGGUAUUUUUGCAUGCCUGGAUGAGCAAAGGAGAGCAUGUAGGUGUUGGGAGCUACUUGUUCAUCACACUUGGGCCCUAUGAAAACACAAAGCCAAAAUACAAAAGCCAAGGAUGCCAUCAGCAGCAAAUGUCUUCACAAAAAGAUCAUCUUUAGAGGAGAUACUCGUCUCAUGUUGGGUUUUAGACUAAAAUGCAUAUAGUAUGUCCCAGUGUGAUCCCAGCUACACAAUGUGGAUCCUUAAACCAACUACUCCUGAAACUUCUCACAAUACCCGAGGAGUUUAGAGCUGAACCGGCAGCGUCUUCCACAAGUGAGGAUAAAACAUCCCAGAACUGGUGUGUUUUAGGCAAUAUAUUCAGUCAAGGCCAUUCCAGGAGUCCUGACCCAUCCCGAAACCUCCCCUGCUUCCCGCUCACCAGCCUGUUGUGUAUUCAUAGUGAUCCUUUUGUGACAAAUGGUGCGUUAAUGUGUAUAUAUAUGUAUAAUGUAAUGUUGUACCGUAAACUGUCUAAACCAAAUAGAAGUGUUGUACAGAUCUUAAACUCAACAAUCGAUGCAAACGUCCUGUAUUUGAUUUGAUCCUCAAAAGGUCAUCGUUGUGGGUCUUGUGUAUGACAGGAUUUUACUUCAAUCAGAUGUGAUUUAGGUUGUGCAAUAUUUCCUCUAUUAACUAAACCUAACAGGUGUGUGUUCUUUAUUUUACCCAUUUUGUUACAGUUGCAGUUGUUAAAAGCCAUCUUCAGUGUGCCCAUUGAUAUGAUUGUAAGUGACUUGAUUUGUUCACAUAUGUGGUAAUCUAGAUGGUCCACCAUGAUAUUAUUGUGGCUCAGGCAAACUUUCAGUGCUCUUCUAUGUGGUUCAUGUUUUUACAAAUUAGGAUAGAUAAGUAUGUUAUAUGAUGGCUUUACUGAAUGCAUAACUGUAUCACUGAUGCAAUCAAGUUUGGAGGCAAAUGGAAUUUCAGUAAUUUAUUUAAAUGUUGCAGUACUUACGGAACCCAUGCCUGAGGUUUGUACUUCACAAGUUGGUUUUUGUUUUUUUGGCAUAUUUACUUUUGUGUACUUUCUUUUAUAUAUAUAUACAGAGGAAUUAUCUCAUUUUACAGAAAAUGUAUUCAAAUGGAUCAUAAUUUCUAAAUAGGUUUAUCCUGUUCUGACUGUUUGAAUCUUAGUGAAUUUUAUUGUCUAUUCAUGCCUGCCAAUUGUAUAAAGAAAGGAAGAUAUAAAAUUAAAGUCACAAAUACAUAGAAUUAUAGUCUUAAAUACUAUUAAAAUGAGAAAUAUUGUUAAACAUUGUGUAGUAUUACACAAACAGAUGCAACUUUGAUGUGAUCUUCAAUGUAGCUUAAUAAUGGUGUCAAAUUACUAUGCUAAAAUGUGCACAUAAUCAAUAAAGUCUAUCAAAUAAA